AUGGAACUAGUUUUAACUCCGGAACCACAUUAUACUCUUGGAUACACGGGGCAUAGUCCUCAAUAUAUGUACCGUUUUGGCAAAACUUACGGAAACCUAACUCAUGAACUACUGUGCGAUCAUCGUGUGCCUCAUUCACAAAACCUUGUGGUUAACAAUCCAAAUUGUAUGAAACCUGCAGAACACAAACCAACACCGCAAGAAAUUAAAUUCGCCAAAAGGCGAAAAAUACAAAAUGAUAUAGUUUUUGAACCCCCCAUUAUUCCCGGAUACGAUGGAUUUAUUCCGAGGAUUCAAUCACAAGUUGGAGAUCGAUUUUCAGCAGCAGCUGUAGAUGCUGUUAUUGAACAUGAAAAAUAUAUGCAGCGAUUGAAGCGCGAGCGGAGAACGCUUGAGCAUAGAACUUUACUAGAAAGUGAACAGGGAGUUUUUGGUAGAAAAGUAAAAGACAUUACGUUGCAAGGGGCACACUAUCAAGUACCACUUAUACCUGUUAGAAAAGAAGCUGAAGGUGUAAUAAGAAAAGCUCAUCCAGACGAUGAACGUACUAGCGAGCCAUACUCGAAGCAUACACCUCCACAUUUUAUGGCUAAUAAGGAUCCAGAAAAGCGUAUUAAGCUUGGAUAUGGAGGCCAUAUACCGAUGGCAUUUAGCCGUUGCGGUGAAAAUCAUAAAGCGCUUACAACAAAUGCACUUUCUGAUUUCUUAAACCAUUACAUGCAUCAGCGGAAUAGACAACCAGUGCCAAUUGCAAGACCGAAUUGUGAAAUUUAUCUUCGAAAAAUGGGACUGAUGCGUAGUUAUGCUGGUCAUGUGCCAGGUGAAAGAUUCAGAUUCGGCCAUACUUUCGGAAGAAGCACGACUUUUGCAAAGAGAGGCCUAAAUCUACAACAACUUGAAAGUAACAAAUAA